AUGGCAGAGUUGACUCUGAGGAAUAUUAGAAAUAAAUUAUGGCUUAACAUGAGAUUAUUACUUGUAAUUACUGCAAUCGCCAUCCUGUUUUCUCCUGCUGUAGCCAUCAUAUGUAUUAUUAUUCAACAACUUAGAAAAAUCCUUAUGCUUUUGGAAACUCAUGAUACAAUUGAAGCGAGAAUGGAAUCCGCUAUCGAAAAGGAGCGAAGGAAAAGACAGAAAGUAUCUCGGCCUGUAUACAAAAAGCAAAUACGCUUUAAGUCAUUAUCGAUACUCACAAAAAAUGGUACAUCAACUGAACAGAAACCAAAUAACCCCAAUCCCUGCGGAAUUUUACGAAAAAAGGCAGAAGAGCAGCCCAGUCACAACUUCAGUGAAGCACCAGCGAAGACGACUGAAAUUAUCAAAACAUCUGCAAGAAAAACUUCUGUCAGUAUUUCAUCAGCGAAUAUAGAAUCCCGUAUCGAAAUGGAAAGAGGAAAAAGAAACAAAGAAUCUUUGCCUGCAUACAAAAAGCAAGAAAGCCUUAAGUCAUCAUCGACGCUCACAAAAAAAAGUACAUCAACUGAACAGAAACCAAAUGACGCCAAUUCCAGCGGAAUUUUACGAAAAAAAGCAGAAGACCAGCCCAAUCAUAACUCAUGCGGAGCACUUACAAAGAAGACUGAAAUCAUCAAAACAUAUGCAAGAAAAAGUUCUGUCAGUAUUCCGUCAGCAAGAAUAGAAUCCUCAUCCUCUAACGAAAUGGAAAAGAAACAAAAUAACUCUAAUUCAUGCAAAAUUUUAGUGAAAAAAGCAGAAGAAAACCGACCUAAUGACAACUCCUGCGAAGCACCUACGAAGACUGAAAUCAUAAAUACAUCUGUAAAAAAAAGUUGUUCUGUCGGUAUUCCAUCAGUAAAUAUCGUACCAUUGACUGUUGAUGUAAAUUCUCAAAUAAGGUAUAUUGAUGAAAGUUUCGAAUCAGAAAACAGCUCGGAUGAAUCCGACUUUGUCUUUUUGGAUUAUUAA